AUGGUCAGUUUUCUUGGUCAGUAUUUCAGUGGUCAGUUUUCUUGACUCAAUCACCCAGUCGGAGGACGCAUCGAAACGCUGCCCUUCGCCGCCUUACUGAAAGGCCCGAAACCGGAAGGCCCAAAUGGCAAACCAUCGCCAGGCAGUGGACCAAAGAAGCCACCGUUAGGUGGUGGACCAAAAAAGCCACCGUCAGGUGGUGGACCGAAGAAGCCUCCGUCGGGAGGGGGACCGAAGAAACCGCCGUUAGGCGGGGGACCAAAGAAGCCUCCGUCGGGAGGCGGACCAAACAACCCACCGUCAGGUGGCGGACCAAAGAACCCACCGUCAGGUGGCGGACCAAAGAACCCCCCAUCGGGUGGCGGACCAAAGAAACCCCCAUCGGGCGGGGGACCAAAGAAACCGCCGUUAGGCGGGGGGCCAAAGAACCCCCCAUCGGGUGGCGGACCAAAGAAACCGCCGUCAGGUGGCGGACCAAAGAACCCACCGUCAGGUGGCGGACCAAG